AUGGCUGGUCAUGGCAAGCUCAUCCGAGCCGGAUUUCUUCGCCAGGCACAAUCUGGAGUUUUUCAGCUGCUUCCACUGGGCCUACGAGUUCAGGAUAAAAUUGAGCGUCUUGUUGACAAGCAUAUGCAAAGCAUAGGAGCAUCCAAGCUUGCUCUCUCGACUCUCACUACUGAAGAAUUAUGGCGCAAAAGUGGGCGCUUGGAUAAAGUCUCACCAGAGCUAUUUCGACUCAAAGAUCGCAAGGAUGUGCCUAUCAUGCUGUCACCAACACACGAAGAAGAAAUCACAUCCCUUGUCGCAAGCACGUUAAAGUCUUAUAAAGACUUGCCUUUGAAGUUAUACCAGAUUACACGAAAGUACCGAGAUGAGAUCCGUCCCAGGCACGGCUUAUUAAGAUCUCGUGAGUUUAUCAUGAAAGACUUGUACACAUUCGAUUUGACCCACGAAUCUGCCGUCGAGACUUAUCGCGACGUCGCUGGUGCCUACUCGGCCUUCUUUUCAGACUUGAAGCUGCCGAUAUUAGUAGCCGAGGCCAGCUCAGGAGACAUGGGCGGAGAGCAUAGCCAUGAAUACCACCUUUCUCAUCCCAUUGGAGAGGACACAGUCGCAAGCUGUAACAAUUGCGGCUACACCGCCAAUGACGAAGUUGCCGCUGCUCGGUCAUCCAGACAAAUUGACGGUGCAAUUUCUACAUCAAGUUUCGGUCUCUGGCGCGGCAUCACCAAGGACAAGAAAACUUUGAUAAAUGCGUGGUACCCAAAGAUUGGAGAUUCGCCUUCAGAUGACAGCUGGAAUAUCCAUGCUGUCAAAUCAGUCGUCCCGGAACUAGAUACAAGCGUCAGUGACGCCGCACCGUUCUGGAGCGAGGUUUUACAGGAGGCAAAGGGAAAGAGUGACGAAAUCCAGCUCCUAAACGUCAUUGAUUCGAGACUUUCAGGAGCUUUUGAAGGCCUCCGCGAUGAGCUUCCUCUACUCCCUCAAGAUUGGACGAAUAGCGACAUCUCACAAUCGUCAAUAACACAAACACAAGCCGGGACAAAUCUAAAUCUCUUGCGCAUUGCAGAUGGGGACGGCUGCCCCCGCUGUGACUCGGGAAAGCUUGAGAUUCAUCGCGCAUUGGAGUUGGGCCACACAUUUCUCCUUGGCACACGCUAUUCAGAGCCGCUCGAAGCGUCUGUAGCGCUGCCACAAAACCCAGGGGUUCCCGUCCCAACCCAGAUGGGCUGCUUUGGCAUCGGCGUCUCUCGCAUCCUCGGCGCCGUGGCGGAACAGCUCACUGACAAUAAAGGGCUCAACUGGCCUCGAGCUAUUGCGCCGUUUGAGGUGGUCAUUAUUCCAACAUCUGGCGUCAAUGAACAGACACUGGACUUCUACGAUGGCCUAACAAAGAAUGGAAAUUCGGCGACAGCCUUGGACGUCGUCCUGGAUGACCGCAAAGAAGCAUUUGGAUGGAAAAUGCAAGACGCAGACAUGACGGGCUAUCCUGUCGUGGUUGUACUCGGAAAGGCCUGGAGAGAAAACGGCGUCUGCGAAGUGCAGUGCAGGAGACUCUCUGUAAAGGAGAAUGUGAAGGCAGAAGAGGUGCCCCAAUAUAUCAGGACUUUGCUGGAGCGGCUAUAGAUACUAGUAGCUGCGAAGGAGUGCAGCGACAGAAGAGUCAACAAAUCUCCCAUCUGGACCAAAGUACAUAAAAUAAAGAAUUAAAAAAACCCGAAUCAGUU